AUGGAUGACCUCUCCAUCAACAUCUCGGGCUUGGCCCCGGCCGCUGCUCGGACGGUCGCUGCGUUGCGGCCGCGCGGCCCCAAGCGCCAGAGCACACUGAGCAGAUCGCCAGAUGCAAAGCAUGCAAAGCGCGGUGCUGGCCGCAGCACUGCGGCCCAGCAGAUACCAGGAGGGACCAAUACAGAUUCAGAUGAGUUGAGGAAGCCUCGCCAGGAACUGAAGCCCAAGAAAAAGCCGAAGCGCGUAGAAAGUGAGUGGAAGUCAAAGCAGGUGCAGGUGCUGGAAGCCUGGAAACGGACGGCUGCAGCUCAGGUGAAGGACCCGCGCGCAAGCACUGAGGAUCCACCUCCACCUGCGACAAAGCAGGCCAGCAUCAAGCGCGGCAAGCGCGCCAAGAAGGACGCCUUUCCAGCGGGGCAAGAGAGCCCGCUGCCGGACUCGAAGACCAAGAAGCCGAAGGUCCGAAGUCCCAGCGAGGGACCUCCUGAUUCAGCAAAGCUGAAAAAGGGCGGCAUUGUUUCAGACACUGCGUUUGCAGCCUUAAAGCUGAACGAGUCCUUGCUUCGGCAGCUCGAAUACCUCGGCUUCGCAGAUUGCACGCCAAUCCAGGCACUUGCCAUCCCUCGAGCACUAACAGGCAAACGGGAUGUCCUGCUGCGAGCCCCAACUGGCUCUGGGAAAACCCUGGCGUUUUUACUGCCUGUGCUUCAUCAGCUGUUGGUUUCUCCUGGUGGCUUGGACCGAAGGAAAGGCACGUUGGCCACCGUCCUCUCGCCCACGAAGGAACUGGCGCUGCAGACCCUCAAGGUCGCAUCUGAUCUGGCUCGGAUGGUGCCAUCCCUCGUUUGCGGAGCUGUGGCAGGCGGAGAGAAGCCAAAGAGUGAGAAGGCUCGGAUACGCAAGGGCGUCGUGCUGCUUUGCGCAACGCCAGGGCGCUUGGCCUAUCAUCUUGAACACACAGCCAUGUUUGUGGUACGCAACAUCCGUUGCCUUGUGCUGGAUGAAGCAGAUCGCUUGCUGGACAUGGGCUUUGAACCGCAGAUACGGUCCAUCCACAAAAAAGUCCUAGAGGCUGCGCAGGAGGGAGAGAACAGCGAGAGCCUCACGGGACCUGUGCAGACACUUCUGGUCUCAGCUACCCUGGUCCCAGCAGUAAGGCAGCUUGCAGACUUUUGCCUUCGCCCCAAAGCAUUCUGGGCAGAUGCAGAAGCAGAUCCAAAGCAGGAAGUGAGCGAGUCAGGAACAGUAGCAGUUGGCCAGGAGCUGAACUUUGCAGCGCCAUCAACCUUGACACAGUGGUAUUGUGUAGUUCCGGGCAAGGAGCGUCUGACGGCACUCCUGGCUGCCCUCCUUUCCCGAGUGGGCGACAAGAAGUCCAUCGUCUUCUUCUCCACUGGGGCUUCCGUGGACUUCCACUGCGAUCUGCUACAAGAUGCGUCCUGGCCUCCGCGUGGCGGCGUACAGAAGAAGACUGAGGGUCCUGCCAUCAAAAAGCUUCGCGGUCGUUUCGUCGGCCUGGCUAAGGAUGCCAAGAUGCUGAGAGAGGAGGAUGAGGAAGAUGACGAGGAAGAUGAGGAGGAAGAGGCCGCACCAGAUGGCCUGGAGGAGACCGGCACCGGAACUGGCAGUGGCGACAAGAUGUUUUUGAAAACAAAGAUUUUCAAACUGCACGGCAGCCUCUCCAAAGAGGAGCGCGCAGGCUACAUUGCCGAUUUUCUCAAGGUUGCAGGGGGAGUGCUGUUGGCCAGCGAUGCAGCAUCCAGAGGGCUGGAUUUCCCGCAGAUAGAUUGGAUCAUCCAAUACGACCCUCCGCAAAGGACUGAGGAAUACCUCCACCGCGUUGGCCGCACAGCUCGCAUCGGCAAGCAGGGCAGUGCCUUGCUGUUUCUGCAGCCAAGUGAGCUCGGAUUCCUGGAUGUCUUGCGGGGCCGGGGCCUUGCUGACCUCAGGGAGAUGACGCUGGAGGACCUUGUCGUGGGUGUGCGCAGCAAGGCGCCCCCCGCACUGGCGGGCUUCCGCGACUUGCAGGCGCUGCUGUCCGGACAUCUGGCUAGCCGCGUGGCCGGCCAGGCGGCACUGGCUGCACGGGCUCGGUCUGGCUUUCUGGCCUCCUUGAAGGCCUAUCGCUCCUUCCCGCGCGAGUUGAGGGCGGCCUUUCCCUUCGGCCAACUUCAUUUGGGGCAUUUGGCUACGAGUUUUGCCCUCCGCGAGGCGCCACGCGAAGUGGUGCAGAAGAACAGGUACGACCGCGCAGCCGAGGAGGGCCCAGCAGAAACCAAAAGCAAAGGCCGAACAGGCCGAGCGCAAGGCUCCGACAGGCGCAAAGGCUCCGGCAAGACGAAGGGCACGAAGGGCACGAAAGGUGCGAAGGGCGCGGGCAACGGCAAAGCUCCCCAAAGCGGUAAGUCCCGCAAAGGGAAAUCCAAGUCUGGGCUCGGCUCGAUGGAUGAUGAGUUUGCUGCCUGA